AUGAGGAUCACAAGAAAUCAGAGCAGUGCAUCUGAGUUCAUCCUCCUGGGACUCCCCAUCCACCCGGAGGACCAAGGCAUGUACUCUGCCCUGUUCCUGGUCAUGUACCUGACCACAGUGCUGGGGAACUUGCUCAUCAUCCUGCUCAUCAGGCUGGACUCUCACCUCCAUACCCCCAUGUACUUCUUCCUCAGCCACUUGGCCUUCACAGACAUCUCUUUCUCAUCAGUCACAGCUCCAAAGACGCUCAUGAAUAUGCUGACACACAGUCAGUCUAUCUCAUAUACUGCGUGCAUUUCCCAGGUGUAUUUUUUCUUGAUGUUUGGGGCUAUUGACAACUUCCUUCUGACCUCCAUGGCCUACGACAGGUAUGUCGCCAUCUGCCAUCCUCUCUACUAUAUGAGAAUCAUGAGUCAGAGUAUUUGUAUGUUAUUAGUCAUUACAUCCUGGUUCUUAUCCUGUGCUGCUACCUUUGUGCAUACCAUUCUUCUAGCUCGUCUCUCUUUCUUUAAAGGCAAUACUCUCCACCACUUCUUCUGUGAUCUCUCUGCUUUAAUUAAGCUCUCUAGCUCGGACACCUCUAUCAAUGAGCUGGUCAUCCUCACUCUGGGAUCACUGGUCAUUGCUGUGCCAUUCAUAUGCAUCCUGGUCUCUUACGUCUGCAUUGGGGCCACCAUCCUGAGAACUCCCUCAAUCAAAGGAAUCCGUAAAGCAUUGUCUACAUGUGGUUCUCACCUCUCUGUGGUUUCUCUCUAUUAUGGAACCAUUAUAGGGCAAUAUUUAGUUCCCUCAUCUAAGAACACUAAUGACAAGGAUGUCAUUGUGGCUGUGCUAUACACUCUGGUCACACCCAUGCUGAAUCCCUUUAUUUACAGCCUGAGGAAUCAGGAUAUGAAAGGAGUGCUAAGAAAUAUACUCAUCAAGAGAAUGUAUUCAAAAUGA